UUGCUAAGGUUACAGGAGAGAGUGUUGAAUGGCGUUGUGAUUCAUUUGUUGGGAGACGAAGACCCUCGAGUACGACACAUAGCCGCUGCUACUGUCAGCAGGCUGGUCAGUGUGUUGUUCUAUGAGUGUGACCAGGGUCAGGCUGACCCUGUGGUGGCUAUAGCCAGAGACCAGAGCUCUGUGUAUCUACAGUUACUGAUGCAUGAGACGCUCCCACCUUCACACUUUACUGUCUCUACCAUCACCAGGACGUAUCGUGGUUAUAACCUGUCUCAGGGAGUGUCAGACGUCACUGUGGAGAAUAACUUGUCAAGAGUCGUCUCUGCCGUGUCCCACGCUCUCACCUCCUCUACGUCACGAGCCCUCACCUUCGGCUGCUGUGAGGCGCUGCAUCUUCUGACCACCGCCUACCCAGCAUGCACCUGGAGUACGGGCUGGCACUGUGGCUACGUCAGCUCCACCGUCACACACCCCAACCGAUCCAACCUCAACCGCUCCCGGGCACGCUCACACAGCCUCUCCCAGCCCGGCUCAGGUCCGUUAGAGGAAGGGAAGAGGACUCUAACAGUAGGAAUGGCUAACAUGAUGAUGUCUCUACUGUCCUCUGCCUGGUUUCCUCUGGACCUCUCUGCUCACCAAGAUGCUCUGCUGCUGGCCGGGAACCUGCUCGCUGCGACGGCUCCACAGUGUAUGUGUAGUCCCUGGGCUGGGGAGGAGGAGGGAGGGCCGGUCCCCGGUAAGACAGAGGAGCCCUGGGCAGCGGUGGGGGAGCGCCCCCUGGUGGUCCUGGUGGAGCAACUCUUCUCUCACAUCCUCAAGAUACUCAACAUCUGUGCCCACGUGCUGGACGACACGCCGCCCGGACCCGCAGUCAAGGCCACCCUGCCGUCCCUAGCCAACGCUCCCUCCCUCAGCCCCAUCAGAAGGAAAGGCAAGGAGGUAGCAGAGCCGAGCACCAUUCCCAUGAGCCCUAAGAAAGGCAGCGACACCAACACUGGCAGGCCAGCGGACAGCUCGGGGUCCACGGCUAACGUCAACAAGUCCACAACCCUGGGGAGCUUCUAUCAUCUACCCACCUACCUCAAACUGUACGACGUCCUCAAAGCUACACACACCAACUAUAAGGUUACGUUGGACCUCCACAGCACCAACGAGAAGUUCGGAGGGUUCCUGCGUUCUACGCUGGACGUUCUGUCUCAGCUGCUAGAGAUGGCCACGCUACACGACAUCGGAAAGUGUGUGGAAGAGAUCCUCAGCUACCUGAAACUCUGCUUCUCCAGAGAACCUCUGAUGGCCACAGUCUGUGUUCAACAGUUAUUGAAGACGUUGUUUGGUACCAACCUAGCCUCCCAGUACGAGGGGGCCCAGGGCGGUCCUAGUCGAUCCCAGGGGAAGGCUCUUCGUCUGGGUUCGUCCAGCCUGAGACCUGGCCUCUAUCACUACUGCUUCAUGGCCCCCUACACACACUUCACCCAGGCCCUGGCCGACGCCAGCCUCAGAAACAUGGUGCAGGCUGAGCAGGAGCAGGACGCAUCAGGGUGGGUACACACACACACACACACACACACACACACACACACACACACACACACACACACACACACACACAUUGUCUUCCAGAAUGCGAUCCACAACCACAUUCGUCUGUUUGAACCUCUGGUGAUCAAGGCUCUGAAACUGUACACCACCUCCACCUCUGUAGCGCUGCAGAGACAGGUCCUAGACCUGCUGGCGCAGCUGGUACAGCUACGAGUCAACUACUGUCUGCUGGACUCAGACCAGGUGUUCAUAGGUUUUGUACUGAAGCAGUUUGAGUACAUUGAGGUGGGACAGUUCAGAGAUUCGGAGGCGAUCGUCCCCAACAUAUUCUUCUUCCUGGUUCUGUUGUCGUACGAGCGUUACCACUCCAAACAGAUCAUCAGCAUCCCGAAGAUCAUUCAACUCUGUGACGGCAUCAUGGCUAGUGGGAGGAAAGCUGUCACACAUGCCAUCCCAGCCCUGCAGCCUAUAGUCCAUGACCUGUUUGUUCUGAGAGGCUCCAACAAGGCGGAUGCUGGGAAGGAGCUGGACACCCAGAAAGAGGUGGUGGUCUCCAUGCUGCUGAGACUCAUACAGUACCACCAGGUGCUGGAGAUGUUCAUCCUGGUCCUCCAGCAGUGUCACAAGGAGAACGAGGACAAGUGGAAGAGACUGUCCAGACAGAUUGCUGACAUCAUACUGCCCAUGAUAGGAAAACAACAGAUGCACCUGGACUCCCCUGAGGCUCUGGGAGUGUUGAACACUCUGUUUGAGACGGUCGCUCCCUCCUCUCUCCGCCCGGUAGAUAUGCUGCUGAAGGGAAUGUUCACUACACCUGCUACCAUGGCAAAUGUCAACACAGUUCAGUUGUGGGUGUCAGGUGUCUUGGCUGUCCUCCGAGUCCUCAUCUCUCAGUCCACUGAAGACAUAGUCCUCUCUCGUGUCCACGAGCUCUCCCUCUCUCCUCUCCUCCUCUCCUGUCCCACCAUCCGACGUCUCCGCGACGACAGCAGCCUCUCGUCGCCCCCGCCACCGCCUAUGACGACCCCGGCAACUGUCGCCCCCGACAACCAGGAGGCCAACGGAGAGCGGGUGCUGCCGGAGGAGACGUUUGCCAGGUUCCUACUCCAGCUAGUAGGAGUGAUGCUAGAUGACAUCUCGACCAGACAGGUGAAGGUUGACAUGACAGAACAGCAACACACGUUCUACUGUCAACAGCUGGGGACUCUGUUAAUGUGUCUCAUACACAUCUUCAAGAGUGGCAUGUUCCGUAGGAUCACGGCAGCAGCCACCCGUCUCCUGAAGGGUGAGGCUGUUCUGGGUGCAGGUCCAGGGGUCAGUGGUGUCUUCUACCCCCUAGAGGGUCUUAAUGCCAUGGUGGGCUGCCUGGUGACCACACACCCCUCUCUGGUUCUACUCUGGUGCCAAGUCCUCCUCAUCAUCAACUACACCAACUACAGCUGGUGGACAGAGGUACACCAGACACCCAGGAGACAGAGUCUGUCCUGUACCAAGCUGCUGAGCCCUCAUUCCUCAGGAGGGGUGGAGGAGGAGAGACCAGAGGCCAGGCUGGCCAUGUGUAACAGAGAGAUCGUACGCAGGGGAGGACUCAUUCUCUUCUGUGACUAUGUGUGUCAGAACCUGCACGACUCGGAGCACCUGACCUGGCUGAUCGUCAACCACGUCCGUGACCUCAUCGACCUUUCCCAUGAGCCUCCGGUGCAGGACUUCAUCAGCGCCGUGCAUCGCAACUCGGCCGCCUCCGGACUGUUCAUACAGGCUAUACAGUCACGCUGUGACAACCUCUCUACUCCCACCAUGUUGAAGAAGACUCUUCAGUGUCUAGAAGGGAUCCACCUGUCCCAGUCUGGUUCUCUGUUGAUGCUCUACGUGGACAAACUGCUGAACACUCCUUUCAGAGUCCUGGCUCGUAUGGUUGAUACUCUGGCCUGCAGGAGGGUGGAAAUGCUGCUGGCUGAGACACUACAGAACAGUUUAGUCCAGCUGCCUGUGGAGGAACUGGACAGAAUCCAGGAAUACCUUCAGAUCAGUGGACUUGCUCAGCGGCACCAGAGGUUCUACUCCCUGCUGGACAGGUUCCGAGCCACCGUUGCCGAGGACACCAGCAGCCCCUCCCCUCCUGUGACAUCACACCCCCUGGAUGGGGAACCGCCACCUGCCCCUGAACUAGUCAAGGCUGACAAGGAGUGGUAUGUUGCCUUGGUGAUGUCCCAGUGCUGUCUCCGUGGUGACGGGUCGUUCCUGGAGACAACGGAACUCCUGACCAAACUACCUCCUGACGACCUCUCUACCAUCAUGACCUGCAAGGACUUCAACCUGUCUCUCCUCUGUCCGUGUCUGAGUCUGGGGGUUCAGAGGUUAACCCGGGGUCAGGGGUCGUUGCUAUUGGAGACGGCCCUGGCCGUGACCCUGGAUCAUCUGAGCGGGGUCACACAGCUACUUCCUGUUCCACACCGUUCCUUCCUGCCGCCGGCCAAACCUGACCCGGCCGAGCCCUACUGGGACAAACUGGCUGUCGUCUAUGGUGAGGCUGGACUCUACCCACGGGUGAUGUUUCUGUGUAGAGCGCUGUCUCAGUAUCUGCUGUGUGUGGGUCAGCUUCCUUCCCCUCUGCAAAUCCCUGAAGACAAACAACAUCUCAUCACCACCUUCACUACCAUGGCAACCGAGUUGGUGGUCUGGCGUGUUCUCCAGGACAGUGUUCCUCUGAGUGUUGACCUGCAGGGGGCGCUGUCCUGUCUGUGUCUGGCCCUGCAACAGCCCUGUGUCUGGAACACACUGUCUACAGCCCCGUACAAAACACACACCUGCUCUGUCAUACACUGUCUCCGACUACUCAUCACUGCAGUGGCAGUAGGUCCAGGUGACCAUCUCUUACAUCCAGGGAGGAAGAGAACCACCGGGUCAGACGGUGAUUCAGACCAGGUCCACUCUCCAAACACUGACAACGUGUGUGAGCGACGGUCGUGUGAGAUCAUGGCUGAGCUGGUGGAAGGUCUCCAGAGCGUUCUGUCUCUGGGUCACCAUAGAAACAGCGGAAUCCCAGCCUUCCUCACGCCGAUGCUCCGAAACAUCAUCAUCAGUCUGUCCAGACUACCGCUGGUCAACAGCUACACUAGAGUCCCCCCCCUGGUGUGGAAGCUGGGCUGGUCCCCUCGGCCGGGGGGAGAGUUCGGCACCACCCUUCCUGAGAUCCCUGUAGAGUUCCUGCAGGAGAAGGACGUGUUCAGGGAGUUCCUCUAUCGCAUCAACACACUGGGCUGGAGCAGUAGGACCCAGUUUGAAGAGACCUGGGCCACACUGCUAGGAGUUCUGGUCACUCAACCCAUCUCUAUGGACCAGGAGGAGGAGAGAGAACAGGAGGAGGACUUGGAGCGUACCCAGUUGAAUGUGUUAGCGGUCCAGGCCAUCACGUCUCUGGUUCUGAGUUCCAUGACUCUCCCUACUGCCGGAAACCCUACUGUCUCCUGUCUGGAACAACAGCCGAGAAACAAGACCCUUAAAGUCCUGGACACACGGUUUGGCAGGAAGUUGUCAGUGAUCAGAGGAGCCGUGGAGAGAGAGAUCCAGGCCAUGGUGUCGAAGAGAGACAACGUACACACACACCACCCCUACCACACCUGGGACCCUGUCCCCUCCCUGUCUGCUGUCUCACCAGGUACACUGAUCAGCCAUGAGAAACUCCUGCUGCAGAUCAACACAGAGAGAGAGAUGGGAAACAUGGACUACAAACUGGGACAGGUGUCCAUCCAUUCUGUGUGGCUGGGGAACAACAUUACCCCUCUGAGAGAGGAAGAGUGGGGUGAGGAUGAGGAAGAUGAGACUGAUACUCCGGCCCCCGCCUCUCUUCCUACCUCUCCUAUCAACUCCAGGAAGCAUCGUGCAGGUGUAGAUAUCCACUCCUGUUCUCAGUUCCUAUUGGAGCUCUACAGCCAGUGGCUCCUCCCUGGUUCCCCUAGCAACAGACGCACCCCUGUUGUGCUCAUCAGCGAGGUGGUCCGAUCGUUGUUGGCGGUCUCUGACCUGUUCACGGAGCGUAACCAGUUUGACAUGAUGUUCACCACCCUGAUGGAGCUGCAGAAGAGUCAUCCUGCUGAAGAUGAGAUAAUGAACCAGUACCUGGUACCAGCUCUCUGUAAGGCUGCUGCUGUCCUGGGCAUGGACAAGGCUACCUCUGAACCUGUGUGUCGGGUGUUGGAGCUGACCCUGCACAGCACCCACCUCCCCAGCCGUAUGGGAGCGCUGCACGGCCUGCUGUAUGUACUGGAGUGUGACCUGCUGGACGACACAGUGAAGCAGCUGAUUCCUGCCGUCUCAGACUACAUACUGAGUAACCUACGGGCCACAGCACACUGUGUGAAUCUGCACAACCAGCAGCAUGUCUUGGUGAUGUGUGCUGUGGCCUUUUACAUGAUGGAGAACUACCCUCUGGAUGUAGGAGCCGAGUUUACUGCUGGGGUUAUACAGUCUUUUUGGGGGGUUGUCUAUUUUCUAACAAUGGACCCAGUCUCACAGUUGUUUCCUGAUGUCUGGUUCUCCAUGUCCGUUACCUCCGAUAUUUCCUACAUUUGUUGUGCCAGGGUCCGUAAGGGUUUACCCAGCGAGGCACGGGUGGUGGCCAGGAUUCUUCCGCAGUUCCUGGACGACUUCUUCCCUCCGCAGGACGUCAUGAACAAGGUCAUCGGAGAGUUCCUGUCCAAUCAGCAGCCUUACCCACAAUUCAUGGCUACUGUCGUCUACAAGGUGUUCCAGACCCUCCAUGCUACAGGCCAGUCCAGUAUGGUGACAGACUGGGUGUUACUGUCUCUGUCUAACUUCACCCAGAGAACCCCAGUUGCCAUGGCCAUGUGGAGUCUGUCUUGCUUCUUCAUCUCUGCCUCCACCUCCCAGUGGGUCUCUGCCCUCCUGCCCCAUGUCAUCAGCCGUAUGGGUAAGAGUGAGGUGGUGGACAUCAGCCUGUUCUGUCUGGUGGCCCUGGACUUCUACAGACACCAGCUGGAUGAAGAGUUGGACCGCAGAGCCUUUCAGUCUGUCUUCCAGACCGUGGCCUCGCCUGGCAACACCUAUCAGCAGCUACUGGACUGUCUGCAGAGUAUCCACCAAGACACAUCACUCUGAGAGAGGGGGG